GGUGGCGUGAAUACAGCAUUAUUCCCACAUCCACCAACACUCAUUUGCUCCCUUCUUUUUAGUAAAAGGACAUUUUUCAUAAACCAAAUACAUCCUGAUAUUCUUAUCAUUGCUGAUGCCUUUUCAAUCUAUAUAGCCUGAUAAACUUUAAUGCAAAUUCACCAAAUGUUCCUAAUUUUUCACUCACAGAGCCUGAUGUCAUAAUGAACCUCACAGCUUAUGAUAUUACAACAUCCUCUGUUUCACUAAACUGGACUAAACCAAACGGUCAAAGCUCCCAUUACCGUGUAGAAUAUGAAGACAAGAAUGUGACUACUGAGAACACUUCUAUCAAAAUAAAUGAUCUAAUUUCUGGAGCACAGUACACAUUCAAAGUGUUUGCAGUUUCAGCUGAUCAUGUGACUGAGGGGAGAUCCAAUCAGAUUUCACUGUACACCAAGCCAAAUGUGAUUAGGAAUCUCAUAGUGUCUGAAGUCACAACAUUAUCUGUGUUUCUGUCAUGGAAUGAACCGAUUGGAAAUAGAUCUUUCUUUAAAGUUAAAUGGACUGAGAAAACAAAGGAAACUAGUAACACUUCCCAUAACAUCACUGAUCUGAUUCCUGGAGUCAAUUACACAUUCUACAUCACUGCUGUGGCAGCAGAUAAUUCAACAGAAGGUGGCGCUAUCUGCAUCUCACAAUAUACAAAGCUUGGUGUCAUAAUGAACCUCACAGCUGAUGAUAUUACAACAUCCUCUGUUUUACUAAACUGGACUAAACCAAACGGUCAAAGCUCCCAUUACCGUGUAGAAUAUGAAGACAAGAAUGUGACUACUGAGAACACUUCUAUCCAAAUAAAUGAUCUAAUUUCUGGAGCACAGUACACAUUCAAAGUGUUUGCAGUUUCUGCUGAUCAUGUGACCGAGGGCAGAUCCAAUCAGAUUUCACUGUACACCAAGCCAAAUGUAAUUAGGAAUCUCAUAGUGUCUGAAGUCACAACAUUAUCUGUGUCUCUGUCAUGGAAUGAAUCGAUUGGAAAUAGAUCUUUUUUUAAAGUUAAAUGGACUGACAACACAAAUGAAAAAACAAAGGAAACUAGUAACACUUCCUAUAACAUCACUGAUCUGACUGCUGGAGUCAAUUACACAUUCUGCAUCACUGCUGUGGCAGCAGAUCAUUCAACAGAAGGCGACGCUCUCUGCAUCUCACAAUAUACAAGUAUGUAAAAUUAUAAAAUAUCUGUUGUAGGGGUGUUCCUG